ACACGCUCGUAUAAAACCCAUCUUUCUUCCUCUUUCUCUCUCCCAAGUCCCAACUCACUUAGGCCUUAGCCAUGGCUUCAACCUCAUCCCUUCUAAAUUUUCUCUCUCCUCUUUUCCCCUCAAACACAUCACUCCCACCUUCAUCCAAUCCCAAAUUCCCCAACCCAAAUUCUCUAUCCUCACAACAAAACUCCAUUUCUAUCUCCUCGAAAAAGCAUGAAAAUGCAGCAAUUGCGAAGAAAGAAGAAUACCCAGGUGAUUUAAUGGCGGUAGUUUGUCCAUCUCUUGCAUUUUCGAACACCCUUUACUUCAGAUCAGCUUAUAAUGUACAGGUUUUGGUGGAUGAUAAUGAGAAUGAAGAAAGACUCCUCAAUCGGUUUAGGAGAGAGGUUAUGCGAGCUGGGGUUAUCCAGGAGUGUAAACGUCGCCGUUACUUUGAGAAUAAGCAGGAGGAGAAGAAGCGCAAGCAUCGUGAGGCUGCUAAGCGCAACAGCCGUCGAAGGCGUGGGCCAUUCCGCGGUCCAUUCCCUGGCAAGGAAGAGGCCACGAAGGUUGAUAAAAAAGAGGAUGACGGAGAUAACUGGGAUAUGCCGGAAGGAGGUGCUCCUUUCUGAGUGCAUCUUAUCUUGCCUUUUACUCACUUUCACUGACUUCUCUAUUCACAGAGAGAAGUUAGAUGUAUAAGUUAGAUGUAUGUUCUUUCAGCCUCUGUAUUUUCUAUGUUGAUAGAGGUUUAAUUGGGUAAAAAUGUCGUAUUAGUUCCUUGUAUUAUCAAUUGUAUCAGAGAAUCUAAUGACAACUCGGAACAGCUUUGGCUACUGAAGCCUCUAGUUUUUACAACUACUUGUUACUUGUUACUUGUUACGAAGUAUUUCUUAUUUUGUAAGUGCACAGCAGUUGCAGCCCAAUUUGGACAAGAUAAGAAUCAAGGAUGUGAAUUCCACAAUGUUUUCUCCUCGA